CAAAGCUCAAAUAACCAUACAUAAUUCACUCGCAAAGUCCCCGUACAUUGUUUUAGAACAAAAGCCGACACUGAUGGAAUUUGGUUUGUGUACGGAACGAUCGCGAUAAGACAUCGAGCUGUCUGCCGUGCAUGCCAAGUAAUUACCUCCAAUUUACGGCUCGUGUUAUCGAAUUGUCCAUGUUCUCAGAUGUGUCACAACAUAAUGCUUUUGUGUGUUCGCAAAGGUACAAGCAGUAGAGAUUCUGUCUCAUUUAGGCAUUAAUAAACAAGUUGAAAAGUUUGCCUAAAGAAUCUGAAACUCACUCAAGCACAUUGUCGUCUACAUUAAUUCUACGAAGUAGCGAACACUUGAAGUAGCUACCACAACAUUCAUCGUGAUUUAACAACUAAGGAACUGGAGGAAUACUGAGAAGUGGUUCGCACUAAUUCGUUGAAGAGAAAAAUCGGAGUAGAAGUGGAUUCAGAAGUUAGAUUGUGUGUCAAAAACGAGCAAGUUAAGAUACCCCGUAUUGUGAUAAAUACAGAGCUCGCAGUUCCUACGGUAACCUAGUAUUUGUGCAGAUCGAAAAGUAUCUUGACAUGGCAAGUGUCAUAUGCCAUGUUAGCGGCUACUCGCGAUUGGUUCGCCGACGAGCGUUCACCAAAUGGCUAAACCUGUAUUUGAACGAACGUCUUUCUGCACUUAACGAUGUUAUAGAGCUUGCAGAUUGUGCUGUCGCUGCCAUUUUUCUUGAAGUCGCGACGGGGAGAGAGCUGGUUUUACAUCGCUCAUGCAGAAAGGCCUCUCGGAAACGCCAGGAAGGAUGGAGGAAAAUCGCAUGUUUCUUGGAAACUGAACACUUUUCCUUUACGCUUAGCAACCAAGAUAUCGACAAGAUCGCUAAGGGUUCAGUAGAUGCUAUUCUAACACUCGUCUGGAACCUAAUCGAGCAUUUUCUGAUUACUCCAAGCCGCGAAAUGCUCGGGAAAACGCAGAGCUCCGCGAAAUGCUUCCUACUCGACUGGGUCCGUCGUAAGCUGCCUCACCGAGACAUCAACAACUUUGACACCGACUGGAGGGACGGUAUGGCCAUCUGCGAGCUCGUUAAUGCCCUUCAGCCCGGGUUGAUUCCUGACUCCAAGUACAAGGAGAAAACUAACAGUGAAGCCACCGCGAAGAUUGGAAUUCAAACAGCGCAUGACGCAUUUGGAAUUCCGCUGAUCAUAUCGCCAUUUGACCUGACAGCUAGCGAGCAUGCUGACGAGUUGGGUAUGCUGACGUACAUAGCGCUAUUCUGCAAGUACGAGAACCUAAUGAAAAAUGACCGCAAUAAUAACACUAAGUCAAAGCUCUCAACACCGCUGAGGUCAAGGGAGGAAAUCGUGUGUAAGGCGUACGGAACGGGCCUCAAGGAAGGAGAACUGGGAAAGGUGGCGGAAUUCACCGUAGAACUCAACGGCGCGAGACCAACUGAUGUCACUAUCGCCAUCGAGUGCAAGCCACUGAGGGGAGGGUUCGAGGAGAAGCCCGAGCUUAGCGUUAAGCCGCUUGGUAAAAGCACUUACGCAGUCAAGUACCUUCCGAGUAACCCCGGCGAGUAUGUGAUCAGUGUGUUGCACUGCGGGGCGCACAUCUUACGCAGCCCCUUCUACCUGACUGUGACAGAACCCAAUUUGGACCUAAGUCGAACCAACAGCGAUUUGCUCCUUCACGGCUCGCUCAACUCGCUUAUGGCUUCCAGGGAGAGUUUGGUAAAGUCGUCACCUCCCGGCAACUCAUCUUCUCCAGGUAUCCCUCCCUCGGGACCUGCCAACUCCUUUCCACCUGUGACCCCAACCUCGCUAACCGCCAACUCGUCCCCAUCCGGAAUCCCUCCUUCACCCCCUGACAACGCGUUUAUGUCCAAGAUCCCUGUGAACACAGCAGAGGGCCCGGGACUUGUAGCCGGGGAGGUUGGGCAAGUCGGAAGCUUCACUGUAUUAACCGAUAACAACACAAAAGGUCCCUUGAGUGUCUGUAUUAGCUGUCCCGCGGUCUCCAUACCCGUCCCGUAUGUCAAGAGCGACAAGCGGGAUUCCUAUACCGAACACAAAGUGGUCUAUAUCCCGACUGAGCCCGGGACAUAUGAAAUCUUCAUCAAAUGGGGCGAGCAUGGAAUUCGUGGAAGCCCAUUUAAAGUAUUUAUUAAUGAUGUCAAUCAAAACGAUAUGGACACUGCUAUUGGUUCAGACCAAGACUUGUGCGACAAAGGAAAAAUUCAAGUGUUUUACUCCGCUACCGCCACGAACGCAAAAGUACGACGAGACAGGGAGAUGCUGGAUAGGUUCUUGCGUGACAAAGGCGUGACGGCACGGCGUGACUAUCAGCCGUGGGUCACGCUAGACGUCGGAAUGUCACGCAAGAAGAGAGAGGAUAUCUUUAAACGAGCGGGCACCAGAAAAACCCCGAUGCUGUUCAUAAAUGGAGAGUAUAUUGGAGGGUAUGAGGACCUGGUUAUCAUGGACAAGCAAGGCUUGUUUGACAGAUGUCUCAACUAUGAGUGAAGCCUUCCCUGUACGUUAUACCUGUGGUUCAACCAGAAUCUUGAAAGUGAGCACAAAAUUAGUGCAUAUCUCGAUAGUGAGCCGGUAACCUGACAGUAUGACAUUGCCCCACAUAGACAUCUUGCUCAAAGGCAGCAGUUGGGGAGUUGCCUAUUACGGCUUGAAUUAUAAUUUUUCAUACGAGAAAACAAGUUGAUUCUUUUGGAAUAUGCAAUUUCUUUAUCAAUGGCCAACGAUAAGAGAAUAUGAACAAAAUGUUCCGUAUGAAUGUCGCUGGAGAUUAAAUUCAGUUGAUUGUCAAUGAUCAGAUCCGGACAUUGGUCUAUUUCAAAAGCUCUAUUUCAAAAUUGUUUGAGACGCUGACGCUGACCUGUGUAAAAUAUGCGUGCGCAGAUGCUGAAUAGCAGAUAUCUACUAGCUAACUAUGGUGACCACGCGUGUCGAGACGCGAUGGUGGCGUCACGCGGUCACACUCCUCGCGUGUAAUAUUCUCUUGCACAUGCAAGUAUUUUUACGAUUCUGCGAACAGAACUCAAUCUUAUGUUUCUGUAAAACGAUAUUCUAUAUUGAGUAUAUAAUAUAUUGAAUGGAAAAAGAAUAAUAUAAAUAAAUUGGCAGAUCUGCUAACAUUUGAAUGUGGGUCGCGGUACCCCUAUACUCCUAUAACGUUGUCAGUGCAAACGGCGAAUAUCACACGGCAGUUCUUCGAACGAAAUGUACUUAUCGGUACUUCGUAGGGAUAAAGACGAUAAAUAUUAUUUUUAUUACUUGGGUAAUAGAGUGGUUUUCAAAAACCCGUGAAAUACUAUUUAAUUUAUUUAGUACUAAUACACUGUAAUGUCUUUGUUCUCUUUUGUUCUGGCUUGACUAUUGAUUACUUUUUGUUUCACACGAUUUUGAAAAUCACUCUACCAUAGCCAUGAUGACCUUUGCUGGAUUAUCGUAUGAUUUAUUUCAUCCUCUAUUCGGUAGAAAUAGAGGAUUCGUGGUACCUUUGGGUGGUAGAACUACCAUUUACACCAAUCGCCAAGCUUUUUUUCAAUCAACAAACCUCAAAAGCCGAGUGGUUAAAUUUCAAAGGUAUCCCAAAAACAACAACAAGUAAGGAAAAUAAAAAAAAUAUUGAUGAAUGGUA